AUGCCGUUCUUUGUAAAAGCCCAGAUGUCAGAAGAAACGCACUUGCUGCCCGUGUUUCGUCACGCUGCCCGCUGGCAGCGAGCGCUCAAACUUUUAUUUUCCACGCUGCGGUCGCCCUCGUCUUCCACCGAAGCCCUCGGCCCCGCGGAGGCCUCGGCCUGGGGCAAGCGGGCAGGUACGGCGGGGCGAGGCGCGGUGCUCCUGCCCGGCCCGAGCCGGGGGCAGGCCCCGCUGCGGUCGGGCCCGGUUCUGGCUCCGCGUUUGUUCGCUGUGGUGUUCUUCACCGCCCUUGAGGAGGCACCUGUUUGCUGUGGCGGGCGCUGCCGUGCCCGGCACUCCGCGGUGCUGCGGGAGUUCUGGCUUGUGACCAAGGAAGAUGGGCACAUGGUUACAGCUCGCCAGGAGCCGCGGCUGGUCCUCGUCUCCGUCAGCUGUGAGAAUGGGCACUUGGUCUUGGAGGCCCCAGAAAUGAAGAAGCUGUGCUUGCCUGUAAAGCUCCCCAGGAAAAAUCCCGUGGUGAACUGCAGGCUCUUUGGACUGGAUAUCCAAGGCAGGGACUGUGGAGAUGAAGUAGCUCAGUGGAUCACCACUUUCCUGAAUUCAGAGCCGUAUCGACUGGUGCACUUUGAGCCCUCCAUGGUGCCAAGAAAGUCAAAGGACGUAAUAAAACUUUUCCGAAACACAGAUGAGGUUGCCUAUCCUGACUGUAGCCCAGUCUUGAUCCUCUCAGAAGCUUCACUGGAAGAUUUAAAUACCAGGCUGGAGAAGAAAGUUAAGAUACAGAACUUCAGGCCAAAUAUUCUUGUGACAGAUUGCGGUGCUUUUGAGGAGGACACCUGGGAGGAGAUUCUUAUUGGCGAUGUGGAGAUGAAAGGGACAGUGUGUUGUGCCAGGUGUAUUUUAACAACUGUUAACCCGGACACUGGGGUCCUGGACAGGAAGGAGCCCCUGGAAACAUUGAAAAGUUACCGCUUAUGUGAUCCAUCUGAGCAACACAUAUACAAAUCCAGCCCUCUCUUUGGAAGGUACUUUGCCGUUGACAAAACUGGAACGAUUCAAGUUGGAGACCCUGUGUACAAGAUGGUCGAGUAA